AUGCCCAGAAGCGCCAUUAAAACGAUUGGUUCUGCAAAUGCUCUCGAGGAUUUGAAGAAGGAAUUGAAGAAAUUGAAAGCUCAAGUCACUAUCGAGAAGAUGAAAGGACGCCGAGCGAAAGCGGAGCAUAAGAAGAAAUUUGAGAAAUUAGAGAAUGAAAAAUGGCUUAUCGAUUAUGAAAUCAUACAGAUGUAUUGGGAUCAUGAAGAGCAAUACGAAAAUGUGCACAAUAAGUUGGCGAAAACGAGAGCUAAGCUGAAGGAGAAGCAAAUCAAAUUGGAAAUUUUGUCUGCCAAGAAGGAUUAUAGGAAGACGAUUCAAAACCUGGAAAAACGAAACAAACAACUGGAGAAGGCUCUGAAUAAUGGUCUUGAAGUAAAACCAUGGAAAUAG